GGAGAGAACAGACCUAUGAGAAAUCUGACAGCCUCACAGAAAAACAACUUCUUACAAUUUCCUUGACGUCUCUAAGAUUGGAGCUACAGGGCAAGAAAAGUUAACUUCUCAGAACCUGCACUGCAUGGAUCCAGCCUCCCCAGCCAAGGUAGAGACCAGCAAUUUAAGUAGCUGCAAUCACCUCUGGAAAUAACUGGAUUUAAGUGGAUUCUUUCCAAUGCAUUAUAUUACUGGAAAGGUACUGAGAAACAUCACCAAGUUGGUUGGAUUAUAGAACAAAUCGACAAUUCCAUAAUGGACAGAAUAACUGCUUUCUUUCAUGCUAUGUAUGACAUGAUAAAAGCUAAGCACGAAGAAGGUAUUUAUAACACCAUCUGCCUAGGAGUAUUGUUGACCCUCCCGUUGCUCCUUCUUUUGAUCAUCAGUAUCAUUUCUUGUCAUGUCUGCUGCUGUCGGACCAGAAGGAGUGAAACAGUCAAUCCAAAAGCAGGCAAAAAGAAAAAGAAAAAAAGUGAAGAGGAAGAUCUCUGGAUAUCUAACCCUCAGGCCAAGUCCAUAAUGUUAGAGAAGGUUCCAUCAUUUUCUGUAUAGUUCUAUAACUGUAAAGAUGAAGUCAUUUGGACCAUUAUUUGCUGAUAUGUUGGAAUAUGACAGAGAGAAAAGAACAUAUUCUGCUGUGUAGCAUACUACUGAGUGAGAUCAUGGGGUUCUAGAACACCUACAAUGAAGUUGUGUCCAUUUGGACCUCAUCAGAUACCGUGAUCAAAGGUUAUAUCACAGAUGCCUCUGAAAUGUCCAAACAGUACCGAUGUUAAUAUUUGGGAUGAUUUUCUGUCAAGAAGAUAUAUUUUGUUGACCAAUUGAUAUUUCUAUAUUUUUCCUGCUUGCUAACUUGCAAAGAUGUUUUUUUUACUCUUUUGUGGAACUGAUUUUUAGAAGUAUAAAUAUAUUUUAAUAUUUAUGAGCAUUUGUUAAAAAGAAAAAAAAAGGAAUGUACAUUUUCUAUAUUUAAAAAAACUAUUAUUGCUAUUUUUGAUAUAUUUUGAUAUUACUGCAUAUGCUGAUGUUUGUUUUUUUAUUAUGACAAUGAUUAAAUAGUUUAGCGUAUUUUAUGAGCAUUCCACAAACUCACCUUUAAAUG